AUGUUGGAGGCAAGGGAUACAGUUGAGCAUGAAAUCUGGUGGGAAAUCAAAGGGGGAACUUCAAAUGUGUGGUAUGAGAAUUGGACAAAAUUGGGAGCUUUAAACUAUGUGGUUCCCACUGACUAUCCAAUUAAUGAAGAGUUGGUAGAUGUAUCUGACUUAAUUGAAGGGGGAGCAUGGAAUGAUCAGUUGUUGCACCAAUCUUUUCCAGCAGAUAUUGCAGAACACAUUAAGUCAGAGAUAUAUAUAGACCAGCUACAAGGUAACUGGGAUAGACCAUGGUGGAUGCUCACAAGUACAGGUAGGUACACAGUUAAUAGUGCUUGGAAUAUGUUGAGACACAGAGACCAUGAGGAUUCUGAUUUUAAACAGUUAUGCAUAAAAGGAGUACCUUUUAAGAUUUAUUUUCUGCUAUGGAGAGUAUUGAAGGGUAGAAUUCCUACUGAUGAUGUCCUAAUGAAGAUGAAGAUUCCAAUAGCUUCAAAAUGUUACUGCUGCUCUAUUCCUCAACAGGAAACUAUCCAACACCUAUUCUUAACUGGACAGUUUGCUACUGAUGUUUGGCAGGUGUUUAAGAAUGCUGUUGGAAUUCAUAUGAAUUUAACACAGAUGAAACAGGUGAGAUAUCCAUGUCUUAAAAAUGCACCAUUUCUAUGGAACGAACUGAUUGAUUUCCUAGAAGGGUAUAAACCAAUACUUGUCAGCAAGAUUGUGUAUUGGAAUCUUCCUUAUGAUGGAUGGUAUAAGUGCAAUUCCGAUGGGGCUUCAAGAGGAAAUCCUGGACCUAGUUCGUAUGGGUUUUGUGUAAGAAAUUGUCAUGGAGAUCUGGUGUAUACUGAGUGUAAGGAGCUGGGAAUCAAUACUAGCAUGGUAGCAAAGGCAAUGGCUUUAAAGAAGGGGUUAAUGUACUGUUUUGAAAAUGAUCUUCAACCCCUUAUCAUGGAGACAGACUCAUUAAUAAUGAAGAAUGUAGUUGAGGGGAUAUGGGAAUGUCCAUGGAGUAUUGUUGCAGAGGUGGAUAUAAUAAAGAAGUUAAAGGCUAGAUGCAAUGUGCUAAUACUCCAUGUUUACAGAGAAGGAAACUCACUGGCUUAUUUUUUAACUAACCUAGCUUUUUAUUUUGCAGGUACAUCAAGGUUUAACUCUUUUGUUGAUUUACCUAGUGCAGGGAAGAGGAUUAUUAAUAUGGACAAGCAGCAAAUUCCCAACAUCAGAAUCAGAAAUGCAAAGAAUACAUCAGGCAUGGAUAUAUUUACUUAA